AAAGGUCAUAGGGUCAUAGCCAAUCUUCUCAAUACAGACAGAAAAGGAUAAAAGCUCUUGCUUAUGCAGCAAAAACUCUCCUAUUCGACUUCUUUCUUUACAGUCCAGAAUGGCACCAAAAUAUUUAUUUUCUCUCUCUGCGUUUAGUGAAUAAGCUAACGGCAAAAAAAAAACAAAAAGACAUUGACAACUGCAUCUAAAACACUUCUUCCUUGGCUCUCUUUUUUCUGUCUUGUUACAGAAUCCCUUCGUCUCCAUCUCUCCGCCUCUAUACCUCAAAACCCGACUUGGGUUUGCCAGUCUCUGGUUUUCACUUCAUGGGUUUAUGGUAGAUUUUUAUUACAGGUUUUCUUGGUUCCUGUGGCUGAGAUUGAAGUGACCCCACUUGAAAUUUAAAGUGACAAAGCUAAGAAAUUUAUCUCUGCUUUCAUCACUUCUUUUGUUUUAUGAGAUGUUUUUGAGCUGCUCUGUCCUGAAUUGAGUGUCUCUGUUUCGUUGGAUAAUUGGAUUUUGCUUCAUUCACAGCUCUCUUUCGUUCUAAAGUCUGUAGUCUUGUGUUCUUUUCAACUUCUUGAUGGAUGUCGAUUUCACAGCUUAACUUUGGUUUUGAAUAAAUCAAGUAAACAUUAAUUGUUUAUUUUAUACCGAGUUACUUUUCUUUUCUUUUUUUCUCUAUAGUUUAGUGGUGAGUUUUAAUUCUUUAUUGGAUUUGGGAUGGAUUUCAAGUAAAGAGUGGAUUUUUAAACUUGUGUUUCAAUUUUCUUCUUUAAAAAAAUCAUAUUGGUUCUGUUUUUUGAGAUUUGGAAUCUUGGUGCUGGCUGGAGAUUCUUUUGUGGACUUUAUGGUUUUUAGUAGAGAGAGAGAAAGAUAGAGUUUGGAUUGUUUGGUGAAAGAUAGAGAAUUCAUAUGGAAUUGAGUAUGGGAAUGACUUCAAGAGUGGAGGUUGAGGAAGACAGUGACAACAAUAAAGGAAGUAUGUGGGAUUUGGAUCAGAAACUUGAUCAACCCAUGGACGAGGAAGCUGGAAGGCUCAGAAAUACGUACAGAGAAAAGAAAUUCUCAGCGCUUUUGCUUCUACGGCUUGCCUUCCAGAGUCUUGGAGUGGUUUAUGGUGACUUGGGCACUUCUCCCUUGUACGUGUUCUACAAUACAUUCCCUCAUGGAAUCAAAGAUUCAGAGGAUGUGAUUGGAGCUCUUUCAUUGAUCAUAUACUCGCUCACUCUUAUCCCACUCCUUAAGUAUGUCUUCAUUGUGUGUAGAGCAAAUGACAAUGGUCAAGGUGGAACAUUCGCUCUAUAUUCAUUACUUUGUCGGCAUGCUAACGUAAGAACUAUUCCAAAUCAACAUCGGACAGAUGAAGAGCUUACAACAUACAGCCGUUCCACUUUCCAUGAACAAUCUUUUGCUGCUAAAACUAAGCGAUGGUUGGAGAGAUAUGCAUUCCGAAAGAAUGCGCUUCUUAUUCUUGUCCUUGUUGGCACUUGUAUGGUGAUUGGGGAUGGGAUUCUCACUCCAGCAAUAUCUGUUCUUUCAGCUUCUGGCGGGAUCAAGGUAAACCACCCCAAACUGAGUAGUGAUGUAGUCACAGUUGUUGCUGUUGUAAUAUUGGUGGGUUUGUUUAGCAUGCAACACUAUGGGACGGAUAAAGUAGGCUGGCUCUUUGCCCCAAUCGUGCUGCUUUGGUUUCUGUUAAUUGGGGGUAUCGGCCUGUUCAACAUCUGGAAAUAUGAUACUGGUGUUCUGAAAGCCUUUUCACCUGUAUAUAUUUACCGGUAUUUUAGAAGGGGAGGUAGAGAUGGUUGGACCUCCCUUGGAGGGAUUAUGCUCAGUAUAACCGGUAUAGAGGCACUUUUUGCUGACCUAGCCCAUUUUCCGGUUUUAGCUGUACAGAUUGCUUUUACAGUAGUUGUUUUUCCUUGCCUUCUUUUAGCAUAUUCUGGACAAGCUGCUUAUCUUAUGCAAAACAAGGAACACGUUGUUGAUGCAUUCUAUCGUUCUAUACCAGAAAGUAUAUAUUGGCCAGUGUUCAUUGUUGCAACUGCAGCUGCUGUGGUCGCAAGUCAGGCUACCAUAUCCGCAACUUUUUCAAUAAUCAAGCAAGCCCUUGCACUUGGAUGCUUCCCAAGAGUCAAAGUUGUACAUACAUCAAAAAAGUUCUUGGGUCAGAUAUAUAUUCCAGAUAUGAAUUGGAUCCUUAUGAUUCUUUGCAUCUGUGUCACUGCUGGUUUCCAGAACCAAAGUCAAAUUGGUAAUGCUUAUGGGACAGCAGUUGUGAUAGUCAUGCUGGUAACCACUUUGCUAAUGAUUCUAGUCAUGUUAUUGGUAUGGCGCUGCCAUUGGAUUCUUGUCAUGCUCUUCACUGGCUUAUCACUGGUAGUAGAAUGCACCUACUUCUCUGCUGUACUCUUCAAGGUUGAUCAAGGUGGGUGGGUUCCCCUUGUGAUUGCAGCGGCCUUUCUUGUCAUCAUGUAUGUUUGGCAUUAUGGUACAUUGAAACGCUACGAGUUUGAGAUGCACAGUAAGGUUUCCAUGGCAUGGAUUGUAGGGCUUGGCCCCAGUUUAGGACUGGUGAGAGUCCCCGGGAUAGGACUUGUGUACACCGAGCUUGCAAGUGGGGUCCCCCACAUCUUUUCUCACUUCAUCACAAAUCUACCUGCCAUACAUUCUGUAGUUGUUUUUGUCUGUGUGAAGUACCUCCCUGUCUACACGGUCCCUGAAGAAGAGAGAUUUCUUGUCAAGCGAAUUGGACCAAAGAAUUUUCACAUGUUCCGUUGUGUUGCAAGGUAUGGAUAUAAAGACCUUCACAAGAAAGAUGAAGAUUUUGAGAAAAAACUUUUUGAUAGCCUCUUCUUGUUUGUUCGGCUCGAGUCUAUGAUGGAGGGAUGUUCAGACUCAGACGAGUAUAGUCUAUAUGGUCAGCAAACUGAGCGGUCAAGAGAAGCCCUUAUUAAUAAUAAUGGAAAUAUAACCUCAUCAUUUGCAGAUCCCACUAUUUCAUCCAUUGACUCGAUCGUGCAGAUCAAGUCUCCAUCACAUGCAAAUUUUACCGUUCGGUCGUCUGGUCAAACAAGCAGCCAGACUGAGGUUGACGAGAGAGAAUUUUUGAAUAAUUGCAGGGAUGCUGGGGUGGUGCACAUAAUGGGGAAUACAGUGGUGAGAGCUAGGAGGGAUUCAAGAUUCUACAAGAAGAUAGCUGUUGAUUACAUAUAUGCAUUUCUGAGGAAAAUUUGUAGGGAAAACAGUGUCAUUUUUAAUGUUCCUCAUGAGAGUCUCUUGAAUGUCGGACAGAUAUUUUAUGUAUAAAUAUUUUUUUCUUGUAAAACAGUAAUAAGAUCAAGUAUGCCGUCUCGUUUUUUGAAGGAA